CGCACUGGUGGAUACCAAACAGACUGAUGUCUCUCUGUUGACCCUCAUUUCUCUCAGCCUUUAUGGAUGUACUGUAUACACUAGACAUCAAAGUUUGGCCCUUGAUCAGCCGGUGAAAAGGUGAAGACUCUCGCUGGCCACUCGGAGAUGAUGUUGGAUGUGACGCGGUUCUUUGCGGGGUUCUCUGGGGCUGUCGGAACCCUGUUCCUUCUGAUGGCCUUCAGUACAGACUACUGGCAGCUAGGCACGGAGUCAUGUGACUUGGAGCUGCCUGCACCGCUUCUUCUACUGAAGGCAGACUCACCUAAGACCUGGCUACAUGGAGGGAUGGUGACGUUCUACCACGAGGGACUGUUCUGGAGGUGCCUCUUUAAGGGGAGCGUUGAGGAAGAAUCGCUUUGGAUAUUCUUGAUAGGUGGCCAUUCAACAUCUAGAAAGAUUUGCACUCACACAUAUCUGUUCACCACACCGAUUCCUGAUGCUGCCAUGGCAACUUACUCUGAGUCAGCUGAAGUCUACAGGGGGCUGUUUAUUGUGGUCAUUCUGCUGGGUACCAGCAUGGUCAUGCUGGCUGGGUUCCUCAGCAUCGGAGCCAGCUCAUCAGCCAGAGCUGCACUCUACAGGGCUGCAGGGGGACUCUUCCUCACUGGUGGCCUGCUGCUGUUGUGUGUCCUGGUGAUGCACGUGGUUUGGUUCCAUGGGAUGAGCACGUUAGAGCAGUACGUUGUCCAGCAGGGGGCGACACUGUGCCCAGGGUUCCAUCUGAGCGUGCGUUACGGCCCGUCCUUCAUGAUGGCUCCCGUUGGUGUGUUUUUCUGCCUACUCACCGGGUCACUACAUCUGGCCUUAGCAAGAACUGUGGAAAAAGCGCUGAUUAUUCAUGAGGGCAAAUGUGAAGACUGAGACGAGAUCACAUGAGUGCAAAACGGUGACACAAGUUUGGAUAUUUGAGCAGUGCCUUCAAAUCGGCCAUUUUCUUUACUUCAUCUAUUGUUUAUAGAAAUCCUCUGGACUCCUUGGCAUUCUAAAAUAUCCAAACACAAGCAAUAAUAUUAGCUAAAGUCAAAACAUUUCAUUCAGCCUGCCCCAACAAUGAUUCUUUUGUAAAAAAUGUUUAAUCCCUAAUAAACUUUAUUAUAAAGCCUGUUUGCAAUAAUCUGUCACCUCAUAGUAUAGGUUACUGAGUGACAUUACAAAAAUCUAGUUGACUGUAACAAUGUAAAUGGAAUAUGUUGUUUUGAUCAAUAAAAGAGCAAGAAACAUG